UAUACGUAAGUAGUAAAAACAUAUUUUUACUAGAAAUAAUUUUUUUAAAAUUACGGAAAUAUCGUCUGCAAUGAGUUCUGUCUUGGUCGUGAUUGUGAUAUCUUCCAUCUCUAAUACCAAGCGUUUGCUUAAUUUAUCUUCGACUCAACACAAAAAGAUGUCUUAUAACAAUAUCGGCUAUACCGACAUCGUUUGGAUGGACCUGGAAAUGACAGGCCUCGAUAUAACUAAAGACAAAAUACUUGAGGUAUCCUGCAUAAUAACGGAUAAGGACCUCAACAUCUUGUCUGAAGGACCUUGCUUUGCGAUAAAUCAUCCGGAUGAAGUAUACCAAAACAUGAACGAGUGGUGUAUGAAACAUCAUUUUGAAUCUGGCUUGGUGGAUAGAUGUAAGAAGUCUGAUGUUGUCCCAGAUCAGGCUGAGAACUUAAUUUUGUCCUAUCUUAAGCAGCAUGUGCCGGCACAUAAAAGUCCACUAGCUGGGAAUUCAGUUUAUAUGGACAGAAUGUUUCUACGCCAAAAUAUGCCGGCUGUGGACGAGUAUUUGCACUAUCGCAUUAUAGAUGUUUCAACUGUGAAGGAACUGGCUAGAAGAUGGAAUAAUGAUGUGUUAGAAAACGCACCCAAAAAAAAGUUCGCUCACCGCAGCUUAGAUGAUAUCAAAGAGAGCAUAGCAGAAUUAAAGUACUACAAAGGAAGCUUUUUUAAAUGAUAUUCAGCUAGAGGCUGUAAAAAUGACCCACAAAUGGGAUUACUAAUAAAAACGCCCAGAUUAUAGUGAAGUAUAAAAACAUUGUUUAAUAUUACGUAGCUAGGUGUGAAAUAUUAGAGAACCACUCUAAUUAGUUCGAAUGUGCAAGCAAAUGCAAAACUCUAUAAUUAGACAUAAAAAUACAAAAGCAAUAAAAAUCUCGAAUUCCUAGUAGACCCCAUUAAUGUGGGCAGCAGGCAAACUGUUUGGGUGUGGAUCCUGUCGUCUUCUUGAAGAUCUCGAGUUAUU